UAUGGCAGGACGGGCAUCAACUCUGGAGUCAUGCUCAUGAACAUGACACGCAUCAGGGCCACAUACUUCAAGAAUGACAUGACGUCAGUGGGUCUGAGGUGGGAGGAGCUGCUGAUGCCCCUGCUGCAGAAAUAUAAACUAAACAUGACCUGGGGAGACCAGGACCUGCUCAACAUCAUCUUCCAUCACAACCCUGAGUGUCUGUUGGAAGUCCCCUGCCACUGGAACUACCGUCCAGACCACUGUAUCUACGGCAGUAACUGUGGCUCCGCGGAGGAGGAGGGUYUCUUUAUCCUGCARGGGAACAGAGGKGUGUACCAUGACCUCAAACAGCCUGCCUUCAGGGCCGUCUACGACGCCAUACGACAGUACUCAUUUAGGAGGAUCUUGUGAGCUCUCUGCUGUCCCACUGGAAGAAGAGCUGAUGAAGACGACCCGUUCAUAC